AAACCCUUCUCUCUCUUAUUUCUCUUGUUUGUCGUUGAUUUAUGCUAUUACAUUCUAAACUGAACUGAAAGCAGAUUACUUGAUGUAUAACUAGACUUGAAUCCUUAUUCAUUCAUGUCACAAGUACCAAAAUGAAGUGCAAACAAGGGAAAGGGAAAAGGAAACCUAGGCCAUCACGUGCAUCAACUUCAAAAGUAAACCAGGUGGUUCAAGAUAUAGCUAGUUUCUACAAUGGAGGAAACUCGGAUUUAGAACAAUCAGGUGGUGUUCAGAUCAGCUCUAGAAUGGAGGGCGAAACACCUCGAAAGGACAAUACUCAAAGCAAUCCACUAGCUGAUUUCGGACGUGUAGCAUUGGCGAAUGCUAGAAUGGGUGACAAUAUGAGGUCAUUUCCUGCACCAUCUGUUUCUGCUAACUUUUCCAAGAACUCCAAAAGCUCAGUCAAAAAGUCAACAAAAGGGGUAGCUUCCUCAAGUAUGAGGCCUUGUAAUGAUGAUGUAAACAGGACAAGAACUGAGAGGUCCCCAGCCCCACCAAGACAAUCUAGAUCGUCCCAUUCGGGUGUUCCAUACAAGGAUCGAGAAUUAAAAGUUGCUUUGGAGGUCAUCAGAAAGAUUAUGGAAACAGAUGCUGCUGUACCCUUCAACAUCCCAGUGGAUGACACUGACGUACCUGAUUACUAUGACAUCAUUGAUACGCCAAUGGAUUUUAGCACAAUACGCCGCAAUCUUGAUGCUGGUGUUGUGUACAAGAAUUCGAAGGAUGUUUUCCAUGAUGUUGAAUAUAUUUGGAAUAACUGUUACAAGUAUAACAAGAAAGGAAGUUUCAUAGUGGAGCUCGGAAAUCGGGUGAAGAAGAAUUUCUCAAAGCUCUGGGCUGAAGCUGGCUUGGAUGGGAAACUAGUAGAUGACAUCAUCAACGUUAUUGCAGAGCCCAUGACCAUGCACAACAAACAUGUGCCUCAGGCUCAAAUCCAAUUGGGUCCAGUGAUAAAUUGCAUCAGCCACCAGCAGCAGCCAGAACAAUCCACUGAUCAGAACCAUUUCCAACCAAUAACUGACAAUAACAGAUGUAGAAAUGGAGAUUUUGCGCCACCAGCACAACCAGAAUCCAUGAAUAGGAGUCCAAAAGUUAGGACUAGCCUAAGAGCAUCCCUUAAGAAAAGGACCCCUAAAAGUAAGGCUAGCAUGCCAGCGGGUGUGGGUCCCAUGAUUGACAACCACCACCAACAAGACAAUCAGAAGGUGUCUUGUAAACCAAAUGUUGGUUUAGAUUCUGCCACAUCACCUCCCAUGGCUUCCAGUGCAAGGACCGCUAGACAAGAGUCCAGACAUCGAGCAGACCAUGUGGAUUACAACAGCCUACACAACACGCCUCAUGUUAAUACUGUUGAGCGCGCCUCCCAUAAUCUCUUUGUAAACUACAGACAGCCACAAUCUUUCAUUCCAUCACCAGUUCCAAACGGGGGAACUGAAGUAGAUUCUGCCUCAUCACCUCCCAUGGCUUCCAGUGCAAGGACAGCUAGACAAGAGUCCAGACAUCGAGCAGACCCAGUGGAUAACAACAGCCUACACAGCACGCCUCAUGUUAAUACUGUUGAGCGCUCCUCCCAUAAUCUCCUUGUAAACUACAGACAGCCACAAACUUCCAUUCCAUCACCAGUUCCAAACGGGGGAACUGAAGUCUCCCCAUUAAACAAGAGCAGCUCGAAUUGUAUGAAGAAGAGAGGCCGUGGCCCAACCAAGUGUCUCCAGCUAUGGAACAGUAUAACUAAGAUUACUGUUGUUGUUGAUGAGUUUGGUCAUCCCAUCGGUAAUGAGGCUCCAAAACUGAUUAAUUUUCUUGGUACCAUAGCACGAAAUGGGCACAUAGCUCCUCUUAACUAUAUUGAUUGGCGGGCCUUACCCGAUGAAAAUAAGGAAAAGAUGUGGGAGCAAGUUCAGUCAAGAUUUGAUAUUGACCCGCAAUGUAAAGAUUGGAUCAUAAAGUCACUAGGGAAGAAAUGGAAGGAUUGGAAGGCUCAAUUGAAGAUUCAUCACUACAGUGUUCAUGAUAAUGAUAAGGACAGGUUGGAAGACUGUGAUGAAAGAGUUCUUCCAGAUCAAUGGAAAAUCCUUGUGUCAUUUUGGAACUCUGACGAGGCAAAGGAGCGCAGCAUGAAGGCCAAGGCUAGUAGGGCCCACCAAAAGAUCAAUCACACCUCAGGGACCAAAAGCUUUGCUCGAAUAAGAGAGGAGCAGCGUUCAAAGAUGCCUGACCGGAAGCCACCAUCAAGGGCAGACCUAUUCAUAAUGACUCGUACCCGUAAAGACGGACGCCCUAUCAACGAUGAUUCGUCAAAAUUGAUUUCAGAGCUUCGUGAACACGCAGCCCAACAAGAGGGAACGUCUAAAGAUGGAGGAAUUGAAGACGAUAUAUUCUCUAAAGUCAUGGGAAACGAUAGGCAUGGACGCCCUCGUACUUAUGGACUGGGUCCCGCAACUUCUGAAGUGACUAUCGUGGCGAAAGAUACUAAUCAUGAAGUCGUAGAGGCCAGAAAGGAGGUUCGGGAGAUUAAGGAGAGGUUGGCUACUAUGGAACAAUCGCAUGCACAAAUAACUGCCCAAAUGAUGGCUCAGAUGACUGAGAUUUUGUCGAGAAUGCCUGUCACGAAUAAGAAGGGUCCUGAACAUGAACACAUAGCAAAUAAGAAGGGUCCUGAAGAUGAACAUGUAGCAAAUGCAGUUAUUUUGGCAUCUGAUCCCGUCCCUAUUGAAAGAGUUGAUGUUUCUCCUAUCAUUUCUAAUGAAUCAUCAUCCAAGGAGGUGUAUCAGUUGUCAUCCCAGAGGUCGACUACCAGAAAGAGAGGGAUUCCACAGACUCAGAGAACGACUACCAAGAGGGUAAACUGUUUUUGUUUUCAGAAAUCAUAUAGUUUACAUAGUUUUUUAUUUAAAUUUUUUAUUGAAUAACUAAAAUAUCUUAGU